AUUAUAAAUUGACAAAAUUGUUUUAAACCUUGAUAGAAUGAAAAACAAUUAUUUUCUGAACGUGACAAAAUUUAAACAAUCAAUUGCCAAGAGGAAGACAGACUGCAUAUGCUCAGCUUUCUGGUGGGUUGACCUGAAUACGUUUGACCCGCACUCCUAAUGUUCGUGCGCCUUGCUUUCACGUUAGGGAUCUUUUGAGCUUUAUAGAUUGAAGGAGAUGACGCGGACCUUGGUGUACGUGCAGCGUCUUUGAUCGGCAUCUUAAGAUAAAGCUUUCUCGUACUUAAAGUAUUCCGAGCGGGGUCCUUGAGACUAUGUGAGACAUCUGGGUCAAUUGAAGCGUUUUUAAAGAUUCUGCUGUUUUCUUUAGAAGAAUAUAGAAGGCACAUUCGACUACAGCAAUGAAUUGUACAGAUCACACGCGGCAUAACUCAGACUUUUCUCAUCGAUUAAUUUUUCUGCUGUUUACUGUGCCAACCUUCUUUGUCGGGUCAACGUUGAACGGAGCAGCUUUGUGCAUGAUAUGUUGUCAUAUGAAACAGCGGACUAAGCAGUUCAUCUACGUUGUCAAUCUCGUCAUCUCAGACAUCCUUCUACUCUUCAUUUUGCCUUUCAAGGUCUACGCCUUCUAUGUCGAACACUGGACAAUGGAGAAAGCGUUCUGCCGAUUUCUUGAGUCUUUGUGUUUCGUGAACACUUACACCAGUAUCCUGGUGAUAACUCUAAUCUGUGUGGAUCGGUACGUAGCUGUCAUGUAUCCUUUCAAGGCCAGAGCCAACUUAUCCCCCAGAACCAUCGCAGGAAUCUGUGCCGUCAUCUGGAUUGUCGUGUGUUUAUGUACCAUUCAGAUCUACGCCAAUAAUCAGUCGGACUCCUGUUUUUACGCUCUAUCUGUAGAAGUUCUGGACCUUGCUUUCGUCGCUCCACUGGAAGCAUUGUUUUUGAUUUGCGCACUCACAAUGCUAUUCUGUGCGCUUCGCAUUAUCCACACCCUGAAGGCUCGAACCAGUGAGAACCAGGACAGGUGGACUGAUAAAAGCAUCAAAAUCCUCCUUUCAAAUAUGUUCACUUUCCUGAUCUGUUUCACGCCCUAUCACACAUUACUACUGUUAUACACCUUGACUGUCAAUAAAUUCCUCUCAGCAAGUUACUGCGUACUUCUGCGCAGCGCCGCGCAUUAUGCAUUCUACUUGUCCAAUGUCAAUAGUUGCCUGGACGCGAUUUACUAUUUCUAUGCCAUCAAGGAACUGCGUCGAACUAAGCAAAUCCCAGACAAGAAAAUCCAGAUGGAUGUCUACGACACAUCAGUGGGCUCUACCAGCCUUCAGCAGAACUCUCAGAUACAUUAGUUUGCUCCGCAAUGUGGCUGUACUAUUUUACAGCAGCAAAUACCCGAUUUUACCGCUUUUAUUUAAACGAACUUGUCACCGUUGUAUCUGGCCCAUAUAUGUAUAAAUCCUUGUUAAUCUUUUUAGUUAUUCAUAUCACAGUCCAAAUUCUUUGCCAUAAUUACUUAACCUUUUACCUUGUAGGAGAAAGGCUUGGUACUAUCGACCAACAACAAUCACAUCAGUUGCACUCUCCCCUCCUUCCCAGCAGUUUUACACUUUAUUCUUUCUCUAAAGUUCACCAAAUUCCUCUUCAAGAUAUUUUUGUCGCUACAAAAAAAA